AUGAUGGCGAGCGCAAUCACCAAACUCCUCGGCCUGUCGGCCUACACAGCCCUCGUAGCCAUCUCCCUUCCCUACUUCCAACAACACAACAUCCCUUCCCGUCUGCAAACUUCCCUCAAUGCGAUCCUCUCCCCGCCGGCAGACGAUGCGCCCGCCCAGCAAGAUGGCACGAUAACCGAGCCCUACAUCUGCCAGGCCCAAAACUACACCACGCAAAUCAUCUCCCUUGAUCCCUUGGUAAUCUACAUCCACAACUUUCUCCACGAAGCCGACAUAGCAAGCCUCCUGGAAGCAGGCGAACCCGCCUUCAAACCCUCCUAUGUCGUCAAAGACGGCAGGACGCAGGGGACGCCAGACCGGACGUCGUGGUCGGCGGGCCUACCGGCCGACGACGACGCCGUGCAGUGCGUGUUGGCGCGCGCGGAGGCGUUCUUGGGGACGGUGAUGGCGUCCGGGCGGGAUGAGAUUGGGCCGCCUCAGUUGGUUCGGUAUACCGAGGGCCAGAGGUUCAAUGUGCACCGUGAUUGGUACGACGACUUCCAGCCUGAUGGGAUGACGGGACGGAGACGGCGGUGGAAUCGGGUGGCGAGCUUUUUUGCGAUUCUGGAGGACGGGUGUAGCGGUGGGGAGACGUGGUUUCCCGAGAUUGAGGCGGUUACGCCGCAGCAUCGGCGGCGGGACGGAGACGGUAGCAGUGUGUGGAGGAGGCAUGAUGAUGGGGGGGUUGCGUUUAGGCCGGUGAGGGGGAAUGCGGUGUUUUGGGUAAAUUUGCAUGCGAAUGGGACUGGGGAUCGGAGGGUUGUUCAUGCUGGGUUGCCUGUAGGUGACGGGCGCAAGACUGCAAUGAAUAUUUGGCCGAGGAGGUAUGUUGGGCCUGAGGCUUGGGCGGAGGGCGAGGGGCCCGAAGAUGAAGAGGGUGAUGUUGUUGGGAGAAGAAAGGUGAAGGUGGAAAAGAAGAAGGAGGAGGAGGAGGAGCUUGUCAUUGAUGAUGCUGAGGAUGAUCCUCUGUAG